AUGAGUCCUCCACAUCCGAUGCACAGCCUGUCCGUGGACGAGCUUCUCGAGCGCGCGGCGUCUGUCGCAAACCUCGCGAUGCUGCGCACAUACGUGGGACCAUCCUCCAUACAGAUCGCGGCGAUCAACGAGUAUAGUUCCCUUCUGGAAUCUGAGCUCAGAUCCCUUCUGCCCAGCGACCCAUCUACCCGCGACGGGAUCCUAGCUCAGCUUGAUAUACACUGGUCAACCCUUGCUCCCAUCCGCCGCCUCCCCAAAGAACUCUUGAUUGAGAUCUUUUACCAGGUAGCAAACGAGUCGCCCCUGCAGACUCUGCAUGUUGCAGUCACCAUCUCGCAGGUGUGCGCCGUCUGGCGAGCAGUCGCGCACGGGCUCUCGAAGCUGUGGACCAAACUGGUCGUCAAGUCCAUGCGCAAUUUCGACCAAUACUGCGAGCUAUUCCUUCCAAUAACAACUGAGGACCUUAGUCUUUUGUGGGGCCGCAUCGAGCCGUACGCAUCUUGCUGGAGCUCCCUCACGCUGAUGGGCCAACUCAGUAUGUUGCCCGAUCUCCAAGUUCUUUACAUGGAGAACCUUGAGCGGCUGGUUCUCGACGCCUACGGUACGCCCAACUCGCCAGAGCUCAGUGUGCUCGACUUCGUUGUCGCACCCCGUCUUCGCCACCUCGCGCUAACGUUGGACGCUCUGCAGAGCGAAAGGCAGCUGCACGUUCCCGUCAUGUGGGCGCCCACGUCUUUAGAAAUCGACGCGAUGGCCCCCUUUCCCGUCACCUAUACUCUCCCCCUGCUCCGGGCGUGCGCAGGCACGCUCCAGUCGCUCGCCCUCAAAGUCCGCCACCCGCUAGACGGACUCGAAGGCUCAUACCCCUCGAGCGCGUCCGAGCAGGACACGUUCGAGCUAAACGCCCUCACCGACCUCAGACUCGUCGACCCCGCCUGCGCGCUGCUCGAUCACAUCAUCGCCCCGUGCAUCACAGUGCUGAUCCUCAGCAACGUACCGGCCUAUGGUACGCGCUCCCUCCUCGGAUUCCUGACCCGCAGCCAGCAGUCACGUACUCUCCUCGACCUCAGGGUCUUCAUCCCCGCGGAGCGCGAGCCCUCCGCCUGGCUCCCCUGCAUCCGGCUGAUGGACAGCCUCCGGGACCUGCACUUUGACGCCAUGCUGUCGAAUGCCGAGUUCUUGAAGCAGAUCGUCCUGCACACCGACGGGCCCUCGCUUCUUCCCGCAUUGGCAUGGGUCAACAUCGCCAGAAUAUAUAUGGACCACGAGGAGCUGCGUCCUGCCAUCCAUGAGGUGACCCGGUCGAGGCGAAAGCGGAUAGCUCCCCUGGACGGGCGACCGACGUGGCAGGUCCUCGGCUGGAUCCAGGAACCCUGAGGGGAAGUUUGGCUUCUUCUGUGGGAUGCAUAGUGCUGUCUAUCACAACGCUGUAGUCUCUGGUACCAUGAUGCGUAAGAUACAUGUCGGCGAUACCGAAGACGUGGCUCAGUAGCAAUACAGCACGGGUGAGACGAGAGAGGAACAGCAUCAUUUCAGUGAAAGACAACGCGCAGCACCACAUUAUGAGCACACGAUUCGAGUUCAAUGCAGGGUAAG